GAGAUCUAUUUCUGUUCAGAGAAAGUGAACCUGAUCUUCAGUCUCUGGCAGCAGCUGAAAUGGCGCAGCAUGAAACUCAACUGGACAGAGAAAGAUUCUCCUGUUCGAUCUGCCUGGAUCUACUGAAGGAUCCGGUGACUACUGGCUGUGGACACAGCUACUGUAAGAGCUGUAUUAACACCCACUGGGACAAAGGGGAGAAGAGAGGAAGCUACAGCUGCCCUCAGUGUAGACAGACCUUCACACCGAGGCCUGUCCUGGGGAAAAACACCAUGUUAGCUGAUUUAGUGGAGGAGCUGAAGAAGACUGGACUCCAAGCUGCUCCUGCUGAUCACUGCUAUGCUGGACCUGAAGAUGUGACCUGUGAUUUCUGCACUGGGAGAAAACGGAGAGCUCUCAAGUCCUGUUUGAAUUGUUUGGCCUCUUAUUGUGAAAAACACCUCCAGCCUCAUUUUCAGUCAGCUGCAUUUAAGAAGCACAAGCUGGUGGAGCCCUCGGGGAAGCUCCAGGAGAACAUCUGCUCUCGUCAUGAUGAGGUGAUGAAGAUGUUCUGCCGUACUGAUCAGCAGUGUAUCUGUUAUCUCUGCUCUGUGGAUGAACAUAAAGACCACGACACAGUGUCAGCUGCAGCAGAAAGGACUGAGAGGCAGAGAGAGCUCGGGCUGAGGAGACAAACAAUCCAGCAGAGAGUCCAGGACACAGAGAAAGACGUGAAGCUGCUUCAACAGGAGGAGGAGGCCCUCAAUGGCUCUGCUGAUAAAGCAGUGGAGGACAGUGAGGAGAUCUUCACUGAGAUGAUCCGUCUGCUGGAGAAAAGAAGCUCUGAUGUGAAGCAGCAGAUCAGAUCCCAGCAGGAAACUGAAGUGAGUCGAGUCAGAGAGCUUCAGGAGAGACUGGAGCAGGAGAUCACUGAGCUGAAGAGGAAAGACCAGGAACUGAAGCAGCUCUCAGACACAGAGGAUCACAACCAGUUUCUACACAACUACCCCUCACUGUCACCACUCAGUGGAUCUACACACUCAUCCAGCAUCAGGAUCCAUCCUCUGAGGAACUUUGAGGACGUGACAGCAGCUGUGUCCCAGGUCAGAGGUCGACUACAGGACAUUCUGAGUGAGACAGAGACAGAGAUUUUACAGAUUGUGUCUCAAGUGGAUGUUUUACUGCCACAACUAGAGCCAGAGACCAGAGCUGACUUCUUAAGAUAUUCACAGGAAAUCACACUUGAUCCAAACACAGCACAAAGACGUCUGUUAUUAUAUGAGAGAAACAGAAAAGUAACAUGUAUGUUUGAAGAACAGUCCUAUUCUGAUCACCCAGACAGAUUCACUCAUAAGCCUCAGGUCCUGAGUAGAGAGAGUCUGACUGGACGUUGUUACUGGGAGGUGGAGGUGAAGCAUCCAGGCUCCAGUGUCAGGUCCUGUGUCCUCCAGAGUAGGAGUGUACCUGGAUCACAGUGCAGGUGUUCUGUCCUUCUACAGCGUCUCUGACACCAUGACUCUCCUCCACAGAGUCCAGACCACAUUCACUCAGCCUCUCUAUGCUGGAGUUUGGGUUGGUUAUGGAUUCACAGCUGAGUUCUGUAAACUCAAAUAGACUUGAGUCAUGAAAAGCAG